GAAAUCUUUUCAGCGAAGUUAGCCGGGAGGCAAUCGUGCUUUGUUUCCCCACCUUUCCCCUCUAUUCGUGGCUCGCUGCUGGGGUGCUGUUUGUUCGUUUUGUUAGUUGGAUGGUUAGUUGUCAAAAUGGAGUACAUACAGAAAGAAGUUUAAUACUCGGUGGUUCCUUUUUUUUCCUAAAUUUCUCCCUAUCUCUGAUUCCAAAAAUAUCACAAAAGUCUUGUGGAAUAUGUCAUAAAAGUUAUACCCCAAACACAAUGGACAACAUCUCCUUGGUGGAUAACUUGUACGACAGCGAAGAUGUUAAACUCUUCAUUCCACAAGAUCAUCUCAAAGGAGAAAUCUGUGAUUUUGAAAUCGACCCGUUCCUCACAAUCGGUAUAGUUCCUAUUGAAAAUGAAAGCUUUAGUGAUAUUCUUGCAAUCGAUGUGAAGCCAUUGGACUACAUUCCAAAAGAAGACACACCCCAGAAACAAGAAGACCGGCAGCAUCUCGAAGAGACCACGGUGAACAUCAUUGAAGAAAUAUGUAGUUCCAGACAAAAGGAAGAGGAGGAUGAGGUGGUGUCUGCGAAUUUUCACUGUUCAGAAUGUAUGAAACCAUAUGCAAACAAACUGGUCCUUCGUGCACAUCUCAGGAGGCACUUGAAGGCGUCCCAAUUCAAGUGCAAAAUCUGCAAUCUCACAUUUCGCUAUGCGGGCAAAUUGGUGGAGCAUCUACCCAGUCAUCCUGGAUUGACUCCACUCAAGUGCCCAGUAUGCAAGGCUGUCUAUGAGAAUCUCAAAGAACUGAAGGACCAUGUCAAUACUCAUGAAAAACUUCAGAUGUGCGAUUUGUGCGGAAAGAAUUUUCGCUCCCGGAAAGCCCUCAAAGAUCACCUACGUUUGCAUUCCGGGGAUAAACCAUAUAAGUGUGAAGAUUGUGAGAAAAAAUUUGCCACAGCAUCUCAUCUCUCCAGUCACCGAAGAAUCCACAAAACCGCCAAAUUGCACAAAUGCGAGAAAUGUGGAGCUGAGUAUACCAGAUCGUAUGACCUAAAGAAGCACACAAUGAAGAACUGCGGAAGUACGAAGGGAAACUCAGUGGGAAAUGGUAAGAAGAAGACAAAGGGUAGAGGAUCUUCUGGGAUACUGCCGUGUCCGUGCUGCACAAGAAAUCAAGAUAACUCAGUUAAAAGGAAAUUAAUUGAGGAUCAUUUGAUGAGACGCAAGAUUUUUAAUUCCUAUAAAUGCAGACACUGCGAUUUGACAUUCUACAAUCCCAAUGAAUUCAUUCAACAUGAGUUGUAUCAUACAGGAAAAUUUCCAUUGCACUGUAUCUUCUGCAAUGAUAUAUGUGAGAGUCAGGAAUUGCCAGAAGUUACAGGGAGGAAUCACAAAACGAGGGUUUUGUGUGAAAUUUGUGGGAAUUUGUAUAGGAAGAAGAAUACACUUGUUGGUGAUCAAAUUGGGAAGGAGAAUUCACAGAGUCCAAUGGAUAAAAUUGACUUUACAUGGAUUCUAUCACAGCAAACACCUCAUGAAUCAUUCCGAUGUCCGGAAUGUGGAAAAACGUUCCUCAGAAAGCACCUCUUCAAAGUUCAUGCGAAGAGGCAUAAAAUAGCCACACAGUACAAAUGUACUGCGGAGUAUUGCGAUCUUGCAUUUCGAUAUGCCAGUCAACUUGUGGUACAUAUUCUCGAUCAUCCGGAAAAGGUCACCCUACAGUGUCCCGUGUGCGGUGUCUUUUUUCAGGAUCAGAAUAAUCUGGAGAAUCAUGUGCUGCUGACGCAUGAAAAUGUUUUGGUUUGCGAGAUCUGCGGAAAAUCCUUUAGGAGUGACAACUCACUUCGCAAUCACACACGUACCCACACAGGUUUUCGGCCAUACGAAUGUCCUGAGUGUGGGAAAACCUUUACAACUUCCUCGCAUCUCUCCAGUCACAGGAGAACCCAUCGCACUCAGAAACAAUUCAAGUGCGAAGAAUGCAAUUCACUAUUCACUAGAGAGACUCAUUUGAGGAGACACAUCUUGGGUAACAAAUGCAAGGGGCCAGAGGAGUUUAAACAGAAGAAAACUCCUACAAAGCGCCUCGGAUGUUCCUUAUGCCCACAGAGAUUCACCUCAAAGAAGGACUUGAAGCAGCAUAUCGAUAAUAUGCACAAUCAGAGCACUUUGAAUGAAGCAUAGAUGGUAAAGAUUUACAUGUAUCCUAUUAUCGUAGUAUUAUUACAAGAUUGUAUUUUUUGGGAUUUUGGUGAAUUUAAUAAAGGCGUGCUACAUCUAAUUUCACUGCUCAAAUAAAAA